AUUUAUAAAACCAAACAGGUGUCAGUUGCUUGCUAGGAAACGGAGAACCAGUGCUGAGGUUUCUUUACCUCUUGGCAAAAUUGACUCCUAUGCUGGGCUGAGGAGGACGUGCAGUGAGAAGGCCGGAGAGGGAAGGCCUGGAGGACUCUGGAAUUCUGCCGGGAACAAAGGCAGGCCAGUGAAACCCUCAGCUUGGGAGGAUAUAAGCUUGACCACGAGUUGAGACCCUGAGCACAGGCCUCCAGGAGCCGCUGGGAGCUGCCGCCGGGAACUGUCGCCACGAUGGGGGAAUUUGAGGUUAAGAACAUGAAGCUGGGGUCGACCGUGAAGAUCACAGGCAGGAUCGACGACGGCGCUGAUGGCUUUGUAAUUAAUCUGGGCCAGAAGACAGACACGCUGAACCUGCAUUUCAACCCUCACCUCAGUGAAUCCACCAUUGUCUGCAACUCGCAGGAUGGCAGCAACUGGGGACAAGAACAACGGGAUCACCUGUGCUUCAGCCCAGGGUCCGAGAUCAAGUUCACGGUGACCUUUGAGAGUGACAAAUUCAAUGUGAAGCUGCCGGACGGGCACCAGCUGACCUUUCCCAACAGGCUGGGCCACAGCCACAUGAGCUACCUGAGUGUGAGUGGAGGAUUCACCUUGUCCUCUUUCAAGUUAAAAUAAAAGACCUCCAGCCGA